AUGUCGGGUGGUGGCGCGCCCGGCUCCAGCAGCGGCCUGGACCCGGCCGUGGAGGAGGUGAUCCUCCUCGAGCAGCUCGAGGAGCACGGCGACGUGGCCGAGUCGGACUUCGAGCUGGAGCUCCUCAGGCACCAGCUCGAUUUGCGGGCGCAGGCCGGAGCCACGGUGGAGUGGGUGACGCCUGCGGUCGAGGAGGCCGGCGGCGGCGCCUACAUCGACGCUGGCUCGCAGCUUCCCGGGGUGUACGCAGCGGGCGGUGGGGCCGGCGACGCGCGCCCGGUGGGAGCUCCUGAGGCGGGCCGGCCAUCCUCCUCGCGGCCUUCGAUUCGCGAGGACCCGCUGACCAUCGUCGUCCGGUCGUUCUUGGACGUGGCGGUGCGGCGCCAGUGGAUCUCCGCGGACCUGGGCGAGGACGUGGCAUCGUUCCGCAUGCGGGACCUAUACGGCAUCGGGGCCGAGUCCGAGGUCUUCGCGACCCGCAAGGUCCGCGGAGGCGCCGAGUCAGGCGAUUCAAGCGUAGGGCCUGACUCCCCUCUGGGUUGGGUGUGUGGCCAGUGCCGCUCGUGGAACAGGUGCGGGCUUGAGUGCCACCUGUGCGGGGCGGCCAACCCCGACAUGGACCUGGACAGCAGCGAAAGCGACGAGGCGUCCGACAUCGUGGCGGAGAUCGAUGCCGCGGGUGGCGCCGACGAGGAGCUGAUCGACCCGCCGUCCGUGGAGGCCGCGCCCGGGCCCUUCUUCGUGGGCGUCCUCGAUCAGAACGGGACGUUCUGGACGGAGCCGCUGGGCGGAGGCGCCGGUGGUGGAGGCGGGGAGGUCCGCGUGAGGACUGGCGCCGUGCUGCCAGAGAUCCUGUCACAGGAGGCGACUCCCAUCAACGGGCACUACACCUCGGCUGCUCUGUCCCUCGCUGAGAGGGCCGCCGCGGACGACGCCCUGAUCGACGAUGGUGGUCCGUCCCUCCCCGGUGAUGACGAAGACGAUCCCGCCCAGUCCAGCGGCGGUGACAGCCGCGGUGAGGGCAGCCCGCCGCCGGCCGCCAGUGGUGGCCCUGCCAGCCCACCUAGCCCGCGCUACAUCCCUUUCCCGGGGGUCAGCGAGGCGGAGGUGGCGUACCGCAUGCGGGCCCAGAACCUCGACCGGGAGACCGCGACCGCCAUCGUGGCGGAUGGGGCCUUUUUCUGGUGCGGCUUCUGUGGGCUCAUGGGAGACAGCCAAGACGAGGCGUGCGGCAUGUGCCGCCGGCGCUAUCCGAUCUCGGCUGAGACGCCCAGCCCGCCCGCAAGCGACGUCGGGGAGGCCCGCAUGAUCCUGAUGGCACCGCUCAACCAGGGGAUCCCCGAGCAGGAGCCCGGAGCCGAUGCAGGCGUGAUCGUGGAGGAGGGGUUCGGCCUGGCCUUGAAUGGCCACCCGGCCGCGGUGCCGCGCCCUGGCCGCCGCAUGCUCCACGUGGCGCAGUUGAUCGACGGGAACGAGGUCAACCCGAGCGACGUCGUGGAGGACGCCGCGUCGCCGUUGGGUCAGCGAGCGGCUUUUCGUGAGCUGCUGCGCGGCCGGGCAGUCUAUGACUCUGAGCCCGGUGGACACAACCUUGCCAGUUUCUCUAAUGUCGCCGCGGUGAGCCUGCCUGAUAGCCUCGAAGGUGCCCCUUUGGUACACGAGGUGGUGGGCCCAGCGGCGAGCCAGUGCCUAGAGCAGAACUACGAGCGCAUGCUGCGCCCACUUUCGGACACUUUGGAGCGUGGCGAGUCGCUGCCUCCCAUUACUCCCUACUGGGACCCUGUGCUUUCCCGCAGCCGCCGCAAGUUCUUGCGGCUCAUGCGGGCCCUUUUCCGCAUCGGCCUGGUCGCGCUUUUGCCUGCUGGUUCGUCGCGGGAGCGAGUCGGAAUGUUCUUCGUGAAGAAGACGGGAAAAAGUAAGAGUAGGCCUGGUGUCUUCAGCUUUUCGGAGGGCGAGAGCGUCGAGAAGGAUCAGGAAGCGCUCGAGGGCUCAGGGGUGUGUCACUACAUCUAUGUCGACAAUCUUGGGAUUCUCACGUGUGAUCCUGCCCAUGCGGCGUCCAUCCUGUCCGACGCAGCCAGCCGUUUCGAGAGCGCGGGCUUGGUGACCCACGAGCACGAGGUGAGCGUCACAUCUUCGAAGGAAGUGUUGCUUGGGCAUCUCACCUUCUGCGCCCUGAUCAAUCGGAGCAUGAUGAGUGUGUUCAGAAGCAUCUACGCCUUCAUAGGUAAGUACUAUGCCACUCCCAUGCCAUUGUGGGACACAGCGAGGCAGGAGAUGCUGGCCGCGGCCUCCCUGCUCUUCUUGAUGGAUGCCUCUUGGUCGUUGCCCUGGGCCCCAAAUGUCGUGGCCACGGACGCGUCGGAGGAGGGGUUCGGGGCCACCGUCUCUACCUGGGACCCCCGGGACGUCGCGACGGUGGGGGGGAUCAUGGAGAAGGGCCGCUUUCGGAGGCUUCCUGGAGUGUCGGCCCGGUCGCGCUUCUUCGGGACCUUAGAGGAUCUGGAGUCCGAUCUGGGGGACGACGACCUCGACCGACCAUAUGACGUCGACACGGGGUUCCCUGGGGCCCCUCACAGGCUGCUUUCGGAGGCCCGCUGGAGUACCCUACUGGCUGGCCCUUGGAGGUACUUUGACGAGGGCAUCUUUACCCUGGAAGCUAGGGCCCUGGUGCUAGGUUUUCAGGCCCUGGCGAGCGAGUACCAGGUCAGGAACGCCCGCUUGCUGUUCUUGGUUGACAACAUGGGGUUGAACAUGUUGGCUCACACGCUGAUCUUGGCUCUGUUCGCGAUCCCCCUGCUCUUCACGGACCGCCCGAAUGUGACGCUGAACCCGCCGGCUCCAGUCCUGGCGACGGAGCCCAACGUCUCUGACAACGCCGACGGCGAGGCCCCGCGCUUCCCGACCAUCCAGGCUGCCGAGGCGGGCGAGCCGGCGGUGCGGCCGCGUCGAGGUCCUGGUGGCGUACCUGGCCGGUUGCUCCGCCGCCCGGACUUCCGCUUCCUGAAGGACGCAGGCUGCAAGGGCCGCGGGGGGCUGCAGCAUGUCGGGAGCCUGACGCCGCCCGGGCUGAGCAGCUACAUGACAACGCCAGCGGCGCCGCGGUCGCGGGCACGGCAUCGGGGCACCUCGUGCGGCGGUCCCUCUGCCUCAUGGACCUGCUCGGGCUUCGCGCCAGCGAGCCGGACCCGCCGUGUGUUCGUGCUGAACAUGGGCAUCUACAAGCACAAGGCCAGGGUCUUCAACUUCUUCUUCAACAGCUACCCGCGCCAGUUCAUGGCGUGGGACACUUCACGGCGGCGCCUCCAUCCGCUGUUUCUGGGAAAGCUCUCCGACGCCGCCAUCGUCGCCGCCGGGAAGUAUUGCAUUUGGGCCAGGAUCAAGAGCAGGAAAAGGUGGAAGGCGGACCUACGCGCGCUAGUGUACUGCAGCACAAGCCUUGUCAAGCACACCUCCGAGCAGCAGCUGAUCGUCUCGUCGGCGUCUCACGGGUGCAAGCGGGAGCCCCCUCCCGGGCCCCCUUUGUGCGACCAGAUCGACCCCUCGGCCAGCGGACUGCCCGACAUCCUGAGCUCGGCCCCAAAGAAUCGACGCCUUACCUCGCUGACCUUUUUGGGGGUACAGGCGGAGUGGGUCGCGCAGCAGGUAGAUGCGUCGGUUUCAGACGCCUUGGAUCUGACACUUUUGAAGAACAUCCAGCUUCUCUGCUCAGAGGCCAAAGCACGCAAGUUAGUCGCAGCCAUGAUCGCUAUCGA